CGGCUCACCAGCGCUCUUUCCCUUUCCCAGAGCUUUUGAGGUAAUAGCUUGAGCUAUGACCACCCCCGGGAAGCAUUCGGCGACCAAGAUCUCCACUCGAGACAUCGCGGGUCGUCAUCGAACCACAUGCGCACCUGCCCGCCACCAAAGCCCGGAGCCAGUGACAAAUUGGUUUCUUAUACCGGCCAUAGCUCAACCCCCGCAACCCAUUGCACCUAGCCGGCCUAACCAGCGAGACGGAUCGAAGCCGGACCUUGCACAAUGCCUAACGCGCCAGGAGAGGACAGGCCCCUGCCGUCGUCCUUUGACGAAGACCCCGACUUCUACAACGAGAAUGCCUUCCAGAAGAUCUCGCGCAAGCUCAAGCAGCAGCCCCUGGUGCCGCUCGGCUGCAUCCUGACGGUGGCGGCCUUCACCAACGCGUACCGGGCCAUGCGGCGGGGAGACCACUCGCGCAUGAACCGCAUGUUCCGCUACCGCGUCGCCGCCCAGGGCUUCACCGUCCUGGCCAUGGUGUUUGGCGGCAUCUACUUCAACGACCAGCGCCACAAGGAGCGCGAGGUCUGGAAGCAGAAGCAGGAGGACGAGGCCGAGGAGAAGCGCCUCAAGUGGAUCCGCGAGCUCGAGGUCCGCGACCAAGAGGACAGGGCCGCCAAGGAGAAUAUGGAGCAGAGAAGGCAGCGUGCUGCUGCUGUCGGAGCCAAGCGCGGGGCGCAAGCCCAGGCCGGCGCGGCUGAGAGCUCAGCGUCGGCAUCAACGUCGUCGUCGUGGUACACGCUCGAUGGCUGGUUCUGGGGCUCAACAAAGGAGACGGCGCCGGCGGUGGAUGCAAGUGAAGUCAAGGAGAAAAAGCCCGAGAAAAAGAUGAGCCUACGGUCCGAUGACAGAUGAAAGGAAAAUAAUGGAAAACUGAGGCGGGAUUUGCGACCUUCAUUCAUGUACAGUAACCAGGUAGUGUCUUCCUGUCGGCGCGUUGGGGCAGGUUCUCCCCUUGUGAAAUUACGACUUGUGUUUUGCCGCUGGCUGGCCUGUCCGUUCAAACACGCCUGCUAAAUAUCUAAACAUAUCUGUGCGGCUAACGGCCUUGUAUCCGAGUAUGGCUAGCGGGCUUGAAGAAAUGCACAGUUGCGCCCG